UUGCGUUGGUACGAGAUUCUCACUCCUUUGACCCACGUGCCAUAACGUACAAAUUUUCACGAAAAUGACUCUUGAGCACUCACCGAAUCGUGCCACUCAGAGUCCAGCCCAGCAAUCACCAGACGCCUUGCUGCAACAGCAGCAAGCCCUGCAGCAACAACAAGCGCAGCUGCUUCAGCAAGAAGCACUGCAGCAUCAACAAGCGCAGCUACUGCAGCAACAAGCACAGCUGCAACAGCCACCAGGCAACUUGAACAAUUAUCUUCCGCUGGGGCAACCGUUUUACAGCCCUCUGUCCAGCAACGAGGCACACAUGAUGGCAAUGACUCAACUCAAGCUGCCGGAAUUCUGGGCAAACGAUCCUGAAAUUUGGUUCAUUCAAAUUGAAGCACAGUUUUCCACUCGCAAUAUCAGAAGUGACAACUCUAGGUAUGACGCAGUUAUCGCAGCUCUGAAGCCAGAGGUGCUCAAAGAGGUUUCUGACAUCCUGAGGGCACCGCCCGCACAAGAUAAGUAUAUUUUUUUGAAGACAAACCUUAUCAAACGUUUUACGGAUUCAGUUGAUCGGCAAUUAUACAAACUUCUGACGGAGCUACAGCUUGGGAAUCAGAAACCUAGUCAACUUCUAAGGGAAAUGAGGUCGCUCGCCGGAAAUAGGGCUUCUGAAGAGUUACUUCGCAGCAAAUGGCUGGCACUGCUUCCAGAUAUUGUUUGUAAGAUUCUGAAGGCUGUUCAGAGCAACAGCACCUUAGACCAGCUCGCUGAAGCCGCAGACAGCGCCAUGGAAAAUCACACCAGCCCUCACAUCAUGUCGACCAGUGUUCAGCCUCAGUCAGCCGAUGUUCAAAUCAUGGCAACUAGUGCUAUUCAGACUGGAGGUUACUCUCGGCAAGAUAAAACUAGCCCCAUUGAGCAGAGGUUGUGCAGCCUAGAGAAAUCCAUUGAGACACUCUCAGCUGCAUUUGCAGAGCUGUCUAGCAAGCUUAGCAAGGCCACAGAGAGGAGACCACGAUCCCGUUCCCGAACUCCAGCUCCAUCAGGCUACUGCUUCUAUCACAGCAAGUUUGGUGAUAAAGCCAAACGGUGCCUACUGCCCUGUACUCACCCCAAGGCGGGCAUACAGGGAAACUAGCUGGGCUGUCGUCAGUGCAGGUGAUUGGCGACAGCAGCCUCAAUACCAAACCAAUCAAAGAGUA